CUUUUUGAGGGUCAGGUCAGUAGUGAAAUUUGUAUCACGGGAGAAAGAUGUUUUUCUAUUACGCUCUUGCAAUCACUGCUUUACUGAUACUUUACUACUUACUGUUAAAAGAUGAUCGUGACAGCAAGGAACCACCAGGUCCAAAACCAGUGCCAAUUAUAGGAAAUUUGGUAGAUUUGCUUAUGGCAUCGGGCAACAUGACCUUGGCAUUGGGAAACUUGGCUGAGAAAUAUGGAGAAAUAUAUUCCUUAAAGAUGGGAUCUAAAAAGACAGUCAUACUCACUUCAAAGGACGCCAUGCAAACCAUCCUCUCCAAUGAGGCCACGUUUGCUCGAGAUUUCACAGGAAUGUGGACAGAUCGAAGUUUCCAUAAGAACUUAGGAAUCGCUUUUUCUGAAGGAGAAGUCUGGGAAAAGUUGAGACCUUGGACGUUUAAAAUGUUAAAAGAUUUCGGUUUUGGCAAAUCGUCCGAUAUGGAACGUUUCAUUCAAGUCGCGUCGCAACGUUUAUUCGCCACAAUCGACGACAAGAUAGGACCCGAAAAGAAGAGCUGUGACAUCGAUAUCGAACUCCUUUACAAUCAGCCGAUUCUUUCCAUCAUGUGGCAAAUGAUAGUUGGAGAUCUCUCCCCAGAAGAUGAACCAUCUCUCAAAAUCCUCUCAGAGAAGGGAGAUGCUUUCGUUCGAGUCAGCAUUUUUGGGGCCGGAAUCGUAAUUGCUUUUCCAUUUUUGAGGUUUGUCUUCCCAAACGCGUUGGGAUACAAUGUGCAGAUGGAUUUUUUCCAGGCGUGCAACACCAUUGCGCAAAACUUGUUCAAGGAAAUGGAAGAAAAAAUGAGGAAAUCACCGCUCUCAACGCCGACAAAUUUAUUGAAAGCUUUCGUCCAAAACUGUACCAAGGAUCCUAAAAUUUUUAAUUGUGAUAAUUUCCUGCUCACAUUUCAAGACAUCCUGCUCACCAGUACCGAAACGUCCAAUACGUUUAUGGAGAUCUUAAUUUUGUACCUCAUAACAUACCCGGAUGUACAGGAGAAAGUUUAUGCAGAAAUCUUAAAAGUUUCACCGGAUGAGAGAGACCUUAGUUUUUCUGAUAGAAAAAAAAUGCCGUACACGCAAGCUUUCUUCUUGGAGGCGCAUCGAAAAGGACAACCGUUCCAGAACUUGGUUCCUCGUCGAGCCUUGUCGGAUAUCACGUAUAAGGACUACAUUAUUAAAAAGGAUACCAUCAUCAUGAGCGACACGCGGCUCUACUAUGAAAACAAGGAGGACUGGCCUGAUCCAGAAGUAUUUCGACCGGAACGUUUCCUUGACGAGGCUGGACAGGUGGUCAACGCGGGGAAGAUUAUUUCCUUCUCAUUCGGGAAGAGAAACUGUCCUGGAGAACUCCAAGCAAACAUUGUCACAUUUUUGGGGAUCACUGCACUCUUGCAACGGUACAAGUUGAGCGUCCCGAGGGGUCAGUGCAUGCCCAGGUUGGACAUGAGGCCGGGAUUAACUUCAAAACCGUAUCCAUUUCAGGCAACGUUUGCUAAGCGACAAUGAUCGACAUAUUGAAAAAGACAAUUUUUUCGCGAUAUGCAACCUCUAUAAGAACCAGUUUGAUAACCCUCAGCAAUUGUUCGGCCAACAUAGUUAAAUAUGUAUAUACAAUUUAUCGAAAUCCAAAUCUUCUUCGCUAUAAUAUGUAUAACCAAUUUUCGCGACCGUUGAAGACGACAUACAGAUACAUAUGUACGGUUAUUUCCUUUAGUUACACAGGUAUUAUCAAUUAUCAACUUGAUAUUAGUUUAUUUGCAAAUUUAAUUUCUUCUCACUGAAUACAAAUUUAUAUGCAAAUAUGCAUACAAUCCUGUAUGUUUUUGCACGUCUGAAAAUAUUAUACAUGUACAUGUUUGCAUCCUUCAUAUUGAUAAUCUCACCCUUUGCCACGAUUGCUUACACAUCAAGUAAAUCAGCUAUGCUCUUACCAGGAAUGUGUACGAUAUAUGUAUCUGAACUUGCAAGCUUAUCAAUUCCUGUAUUCCGAAUAUGAUACUUGUUCAAAUCUACUUAUCGGCAAAUAAAUAUGUAUGUAAUUUUGUA